AAACUUGGUACGGUAUCGGUAAUUCUGGAAAACCGAACCCAAACUUCCCGCCCUGAGGACAAAAGGUCUGGCUGGGUCGGGCGGGGCGAUGUCUUCGUCUGGUUUAGGGUUUCAGCGGAGGAAGUCUUGAGUUCCAAAAUGUCACCGAUGCAGCAAGAUGAAGAAGUAGGAGGAGAAGGAGGAAUUGAAGAAGUUAACCGAGAAGAAGCUGAUCGGAGAUUGCUGUCGAAGGAAUUGGAGAAUUCAGUUGCAGCUCACCCGGAAGAUGCCUCCCUUCGCUUUCAACUGGGGGUCUCCUUAUGGGAGAAUUCUGGGGACUCGUCCGAAUCCAAGGAGAAAGCGGCCGAGCAUUUCGUUGUCUCCGCCAAAUACAACCCCGGCCAUGGUCCUACUUUCAGAUACUUGGGCCACUACUAUUGCCGUGUCUCCCUCGAUUCUCAGAGGGCUCUCAAGUGUUACCGCAGGGCCCUCGCCAUAGACCCUGAUGACUCGGAAUCUGGGGAAGCCCUCUGCGAUAUGCUAGAUAGCUCCGGAAAUGAGACCCUGGAGCUGGCUGUCUGCAAGGAGGCUUGCGAGAAGUCGCCAAGGGCCUUCUGGGCUUUCCGCAGACGGGGUUACCUUCAUCUCGACCAGAAAAGAUGGUCUGAAGCUGUCCAGUGCCUUCAACACGCCAUUCGUGGAUAUCCUGCUUCUGCUGAUUUGUGGGAGGCACUGGGUCUUGCCUACCAGCGGCUUGGCAUGUUUACUGCUGCUACUAAGUCAUAUGGUCGCGCCAUUGAGUUGGAGGAUACAAGAGUCUUUGCUCUGGUUGAAAGCGGAAACGUCUUCCUGAUGCUUGGUUCCUUCAGAAAGGGAAUCGAACUAUUUCAUCAAGCCCUUCAGAUUUCACCCAAAAACAUAUCAGCAAACUACGGGCUGGCAUCUGGACUUCUUGGGUUAUCAAAGGAGUGCAUGAGUUUGGGUGCAUUACGAUGGGGAGCUUCAUUGUUGGAGGAUGCCAGUAAAAUAGCAGGUGCAAGUGCUCAAUUGGCUGGAAACAUUUCGUGCAUCUGGAAGUUGCACGGUGACAUACAGCUCACUUAUGCAAGAUGUUUUCCAUGGGUGGAAGACGACAAAAUGAUACAAUCUGACGCAAAAGCUUUCAAUGGAUCCCUUGUUUCUUGGAAGCAAACCUGUCUUUUGGCUGCCUUCUCUUCCAGAAGGUCAUACCUAAAGGCUGUGCACUUGGCCCCAUGGCAAGCUAGCAUCUAUGCGGACACCGCGAUAGCUUCAGAUAUGAUUUCAUCUAUGGAGGACGAGGAUUCCAGUCAUGAUCUGUAUUCUUGGCAGCUACAAGAAAAGAUGGCUUUGGGAGCAUUGCUACUUGAGGGUGACAAUUAUGAGUUUUGGGUGACACUGGGUUGUUUGUCUCGUCAUACAGCAUUGAAGCAACAUGCUUUAAUCAGGGGUUUGCAGUUGGAUGUGUCAUUAGCUAGUGCUUGGGCAUACCUUGGGAAGAUCUACAGAGAAGAGGGCGAGAAGAAAUUAGCAAGACAGGCUUUUGAUUUUUCUCGAAGCAUAGAUCCAUCACUUGCUUUACCGUGGGCAGGCAUGUCAGCUGAUUGUUUAAAGGGUCUGAAAUCAGACGAGGAGUUCGAAAGCUGCUUACGUGCUGUGAAUAUAUUGCCUCUUGCCGAGUUUCAAAUAGGUCUUUGCUAUCUUGCUUUGCUUUCUGGGAAUCUUGCAUCUUCGCAGGUUUAUGCAGCCAUCAUGCAGGCAGUACAGCGAUCACCUCAAUCUGCUGAAGCUCAUAAUUUAAACGGGUUAGCUUGUGAAGCACGAUUUGAGUAUGAGAGUGCUGUUGCUUCGUAUAGGAUAAGUCGCUGCGUCAUGCACAACUCUUCUUGCAAAUCUUCAAAGUCUCAUUUCCGAGAUAUAACAAUCAAUUUGGCUCGAUCUCUCGUUAAGGCAGGGUGCGCUUGGAUGCUGUUCAUGAAUGUGAAUAUUUGGAUAAGGAAGGUAUGUUGGAUACUGAAGGAAUGCAGAUAUAUGCUUAUGCUUUAUGGAAACUUGGGGACAACAACCAUGCCCUUGUUGUAGCACGUGCUCUAGCUGCUGCUGUUUCGACAGUCGGGAAAAUAUCUACAUCUGCUAUUGUUAGUUUUAUCAGCAGACUGCUUUAUUGCAUUUCUGGAAUAGAUCUAGCAAUCACAUAUCUGCUAAAGAUGCCGAAUGAAGCCUUUGACAGCACAAGCGUUAGCCUAGUAGUGCGCGCUAUCCAUGCUCUUGACCAGAGUACGAGGCUUCAGUCAACUGUUUUCAAACAGAUGUUAUCUCCUUUUUUCUGGUGCGGAGGCUGUCGAAAUGAACUAUUUGAUGGCACUUUCUGACCUGGUGAAACAUGGAUCUGGUGUUCACCUUGCAUAUGGAUGUGGCAUUACUCAGCUGAGAAGAGCUCUCCAUCUUUACCCUAACAGCAUCUUGAUCAGAAACCUUCUAGGUCAUCUUUUGCUAUCUAAAGAAUGGAAAGACACUCAUGUAGCAACAGGUGCUGCAUAAUCCGUGCGCCAUUUGGACCACGCAAAGACGGCUUAAGAUCAGGAUAUGACAUUCUUGGUGCUGCUACGGUAUCUGCUAUUCUAGUGGCAGUCAGGACCAAAAGUUAAGUUUCCCCGCUAUGCAAUUGUAUGGGUCAGGAAACUCCAAGAACCAUCCACGAAUUGCAGAAAUACUUGCGCCAAGAGCCAUGGAAUGAUAGUGCAAGAUACUUGCUAAUCCUUAAUCUUUUUCAGAAGGCACGUGAAGAGCGAUUCCCUUCACAAACUUGCAGCACUCUUCAGAGGCUUAUCUCUGCUGCUCUGUCAAAGAGAGAGCCCCCAAGUGACUGCAUGUUUAACCAUUAUAAGAAGUUUCAACUUCUGCUUGGUGCUUCUGAAAUUAGUUUGCACUGUGGCAAUCUUACUGAUGCCGAGGUCUAUGCUAAGAUGCAUCUUUACUUCCUCUCCCUCAUAAGUAUCUGUUUUUUGGACACUUGCUAUUAUCCUCGAGUUUAUGCUGCCAAAGGUGAUCAUAUGAAUGUUACACUAGAAUAUGCAAGAUGUCUGGAGCUGAAGACUGAUUAUCAUAUUGGAUGGAUAUGUCUCAAAAUCAUGGAAUGUCAAUACGCUUUGCAAGCUGAUUCAAGUGUAUUGGAGUUGAGUUUCAGGGAAUGUUCGAAACAGUGGAAAAAAUCAUGCGAUGUGUGGAUGGCCCAAUUCAAUUUGGUUCUGGUUUAGCAUAUCUCUCAAACAAUGAUCCUUUUUCAGCUGAAGAUUGUCUUACACAAGCAUGUAGGCUGGUGGAAACCGAGAGCUGUUUCUUCUCUGUCAUGGAGCCAUCUGUAUGGAACUUGCCAGGCGGUUGUCUAGUUCCCAGUUUUUAGUGCGUUCGGAAAGGAGUCUGGUUAAAGCUAGCAAUCGUUUUGUGAUUCCUGUGCCUAUCACAUCAUUACUUCUAGCACAAGUUGAAGGGAGCCUUGGUCGCAGAGAAAAAUGGCAGAAGAACCUCCGCCUUGAAUGGUAUUCUUGGGCACCAGAGAUGAGACCAGCAGAACUUUUCUUUCAAAUGCAUUUACUUGCAAGAGAAUCCGGAGCUGCUGCUGCUGCUGCUGCAUCUUCAAGCCUGGAGUUGUGUCAAAGCCCUGAACAAUGGGUUCUUAGAGCAAUUCAUAGCAAUCCUUCCUGUUCUAGGUAUUGGAGGGUCUUGAAGAAGCUUCUUGACUGAGCUGCUCAACUGAAAUAGCACGAACUUCGGUACAAAGUCGGUGGAAGGCGCGAUCUACCUAUAGAUGUUGAUGGUCUUAUUGUAGUUGGUUAUUAUGUGCCAAAACUCUCGGUUCAUGUUUAAUCCAACCUCUGCUCUCAGCUCUUGCUUUUCAGACCACCUGCUGGCUUGUUGCAUGCUGCACACCCAGAUUAAUAUCAAGAAGCUGUUGCACUAGUUUAGCCUCAGACAAUGUAAUUCACUGAAUCUGCUACUGUUUUUGUGCAAGUCAAGGGAUUUUCUCCACGGGAUUCGUUUGUCUUCUUUACAUGCGAAUUUAUGUCGUAUUUGGCCAUCAAAUUUGAAAUGUUGAACUGUUUUCAAAUAUGUAAGUAGAGGUGUGAAUUUUCCAUCUAAUUCAUCCACUUAAAUAUUUAAUUAAUUCUAUUCAUUUAAAUCAAAUUCAAUUGAAUUGGUG